AUGUCAUCUUCAAUUACAUCAGGACUUAUCUCGCUCCACCCCGCUCUAUCUCAGUUCUCCGAAAGUGAUGACUCACAAGCCCAGAAAAUCCAGUCAAAUGUACGCGAGAAAAUUCUCUGGGGGCUGCAUGGCCAGAAUGUGCGCAUUCCCGACCUAGGAAAGAUGAUGACAGGUUGGCCGAAAGAUCAGAGCUUGCAUUUGGAGGCGGUAAACUCCAAAAUCCUUCGGAUUAUUGAAACUCACGCCGUCAACGACACCGUCCGUAUGCGUCUUACCAAAGCAAUGUUAUCGAAGCAACUUACGGGCUGGUACCCGUAUGCCUCCUGCGACAGGAUCGAAGCCCUAACUUCCUUUCAAGCCUGGAUGUUCAUCAUAGACGACAUGCUCGACCAAUAUUCUCUUGUGCAUAAGUUUGACUUUUCGGCAUUGCAUGUCAUGUUGGCGUACUGCCGGGACUUCGUUGAGCGCAGUCUCGGUGUUCUCACGACUGCGGAGACCUCAUCUAUACAAUACCGUGAUCACGACGCGGUAGUAUCUUUCGAGGAGUAUGCUCAAGCUGUUUGUCGGUGCUAUGGUGAUAACUACAGUUACCGGAAGCGUAUUGCCAGAGAAGCCACAGCCACUCUCGACGGUUAUCGUCAAGAGGCCCUGAACCGCUAUGCAGGCCGGAUCCCUACCUUAGAUGAGUAUCUUGGUCUGCCUGAAGAGGUGAUGGCAUCCGACGAAAUGCGGGAGCUUUACCGUGCUGCUGUCGCCGUCGUCUGGAUUGUCAACGACAUUGUGAGCUUGCGGAAGGAGAUCAAGGAGGCUUUUCUCGAGAACCUUGUUGUCUUACUUUCUGAUGGUAACGCUCAAAAUGGGCUAAAUAGGGCGGUGAUCCGACUAGAACGCGAGGUCGCCUCUGUGAAUGAGGCAUCCGCAGCUGCUGUCCAUCGAUUUUCGGACACCCCACACAAACAUCAUGUUUCUCUGUUGGCUAGAAACUGCAAGAACAUGUGUAUGGCCAACUGGCUCUGGAGGUCCGUCUAA